AUGUACUCAUUAAAAUGCACACCAAAUACGCAUUUAUUGUUGGUUCUUUUGUUCUUGGAGCCUUCACCCUGCCAAUCGCUAUUGUCGGGCGACAACGCGGCAAAAGUCUCACAUAACGAGCCUGCCAAGAUUUCACAUGACGGAGCCUUCAAAGUUGCGCACGAUGAAGCCGCUAAAGUCUCAUAUGACGAGCCUGGCAAACAUUCCGAGAAUGAGACAGAAAACGUCGCCUAUGACGAAGCGGUGACUUUGGUCUACGAUGAGCCUGCCAAAAGAUAUUCAAGACCUGAUGAUCUGAUUUGGUGGGUUACAGAGACCGUGAUGAGCGACCCAGUUGCUGAAAUGAAUAAGGAUCUAUCAAGGGAAAAGAAAGUAUAA